AGGGACGGAAAACUGUGGGCCAGAGAAAGGAAAUAAAUGAAACCCCCUUGCAGCGGGUCAGCAUGAUUUAGACGAUCCCUGUGGCGAAUCUGCAUUAAAAUCGGGCGCCUUGCUUACCCCCAGCAGAGGGCUGUUGUGACCCGCACGUAACUUGGGGCAGACGCAGGGGCAAGACGCAGCGAAUCCAGGGGAUGGCCCGCAGAACGCUGGGCCCCUGCUUUGGGGGACAGAACAUAAACUGCCGCCGAGCUCGGCGAGAGUAAAUCGGCCAAGGUUUGGGGCCGAGACCCUUCGCUGAGCUCGGCCGGCCUGUGUGUGUCCAGCACCCGCAGAUGUCCUCGUCCCUGUCAACCCCAGCAGCGACGGCAAGUCAUAAAGAAGAGCUUAUUUCAACCCUCGGGACUCCAGCCUGCAAAUAACCGGAGAGAUUCUGUGCGACCCGGCAGCCAGCUAAGGGGCGGACCUUUAUUGGGAAGGUACACCCACUCCGAAGAGUCAUCUUCCGGCGUCGGCCGCUGAGUUGUGGGGGGGCCCGUAGGACGAGCGUGUCCGGUGUGCCAAGAUGUGAUCGCUUGCCGCCGUCAUGUCCAAGUCAGCGCGGAGUUCCCGCGCCCCUCGCCCCGAGAAGCGCUGCGGGGUGGCCAGGCUACCGUGGGUGGCCAUCCUGCUCUCGGCUUCAUUCGCCUUCGCCAUCCUCUGCACCAUCCUGGGGCUGCUUGGAGGUGAAAUGAAGCCCGACCCGAGACCGGCGGAUUGGAACCGGCGGAAGCUCGACCACAAGCCCAAGAGCCUCAUGUCCAGUCAGGUGCGGAACUUGGCAUCGCUCAUCGACUUCCAUCGCCUGUGGAACGUGUUUCUGGUGCCGAUGCUGAUUGAACGAUACCCAGGCUCCAAGGGCAUUCAGUUCGUCCGACAGCACAUCAGAGGUCACAUGGAGUCGCUGUCUGCUCGCUGGGCCUUGGAACUGGACACGUUCGAGGAGAGGACACCCUUCGGUAAGCGAACCUUCUCCAACGUGGUGGCGACCCUGGACCCCUCGGCCCGGCGCCGGUUGGUCCUCGCCUGCCACUACGACUCCAAGUACUUCCCGGCCGACGACCGGGGGCGGGUGUACGUGGGGGCCACUGAUUCGGCAGUGCCCUGUUCCAUGAUGCUGGAGCUGGUGACCUCGCUGGACAAGGAGUUGCUCAAACUGAAGGAGAGGAGGCAGGACCUGACCCUGCAGCUGCUGUUCCUCGACGGGGAGGAGGCUCUGGUCAGCUGGAGCCCCACCGACUCCCUCUAUGGCUCCCGCCACCUGGCGGAGCAGAUGGCAAGGACGAAGCACCCAGAGGGCUCCUCCAGCACCACCCUGAUCGACUCUGUGGAUCUGUUUGUGCUCCUGGAUCUCCUGGGCGUCAGCAAGCCCGUCUUCCUGAACCACUUCCAGAACACGGCCCGCUGGUUCAGUCGGCUGGUUGGGAUCGAGGCUCCACAGGCUGGGUCUGCUGCAGCUCCACCCCUUCGAGGUGACGUACUUCAACGGAAACACUCACUAUGCCCCCAUCGAGGACGACCACGUCCCGUUUCUGCAGAAGGGAGUCCCUGUCCUGCACCUCAUCGCCACCCCCCGUUUCCCUGGGUCUGGCAUACGAUGGAGGACACGCCUGAGAACCUGGACCCCCCCACCAUCGAGAACCUGUGCAAGAUCCUGAGCAUCUUUGUGGCAGAGUACCUGGGACUGUAAGAGGCCGCGGUCAGAGGAGUGAGGAAGGCUUCUCGGCACAGCUGGAAUGCAGAGGGUGCACACCGUCUCACUGGGCACAGACAGGCACGACUUGUCCCACAACAGUGGAAAUAUGAGGCAUUCGUACUGAAUGUGCCAACCCUCAGGUCUGUGUGUGAGUGUGAGAGUGUGUGUUUACAUUCUCUGAACCUAUCGCAGGUUUCAUCUUGUAUCAGUGUCUUGUGUCUAUGAAAUUGCAUUUUAACCCCCUUUCUCUCUCUCCCCCACCCCCUCUCUCUCCCCACCCCCUCUCCCUCCCCAUCCCCCCUCUCUCCCCCACCCCCCUCUCUCCACCUCUCCCUCCCCAUCCCCCU